AAAUAGACGGUCUUCCUAGCCUUGCUGGAUCAAUCUCUCUCUCUCUCCAAACGAACAAACGAAACCACGCAUCUCGAGCUCCCAUGGACUCUUCCUCGUCGCCGGCGCCGCCGCAGGCACCCGCUCGAUCCCGUGGCACCUCCAAUGCCUCUCAGCGGUGGAGCAUCCUUCGCCGCGCCCUCCUUGCUCGUUCCUCCUCUCCCGCCCCAGAAGGAACUUGUAGGGACCAGCAUAUUAAAGAUGGUACCAACAACAUCUCAAGAAAGGCUUCACGUGGCUUUAACCUGAUUGAAUGCCAUUCAUUGCCAAUUUCACAGCUAAAGAAAUCACUUGAGAAUUCAAGUAGUGGAAAUGAAAAUGAUUUGGGAUGCCAAAAGGACGUUUGUGUAUAUUAUAAGCUGCCUUGUGGAAGUUCCUCUAAACUUAAUCUAGUAUACAGAAGAGAGGAUUCCCUUGAACUAAAUGACAUGGAAGCUUCGAACAGAUACAACAUCGAUACUACUGGAUUAGUAUGUUGCUGGCCAUCAGAAGAGGUCCUUGCCUACUACUGUAUUAACCACUCAGACGUGUUCAGGGCCAAGAAAGUGCUUGAACUUGGAUCUGGUUAUGGAUUGGCUGGGCUUGUUAUUGCAGCCUGUACAAAUGCCGAUGAGGUUGUUAUUUCUGAUGGAAACCCGCAAGUAGUUGAAUAUAUUCAGAAGAAUAUAUCCAUCAAUCAAGAAACUUUUGGUGAAACAAAGGUUAAAUCUAUGAUACUGCAUUGGGACAAAGAGCAAGCUUCAGAAGUGUUGAAUACUUUUGACAUCAUUGUUGCAAGUGACUGCACAUUUUUCAAGCAAUUCCAUGAGAGCCUUGCCCGGACAGUCAAAUCCUUGCUGAAGCAUUCAGCAACCUCACAGGCUGUCUUCCUGAGCCCCAAAAGAGGUGAUUCACUCGACAAGUUCCUGGGAAUAAUUAAAGAGAAUGAGCUCAGUUGUGAGUUGAUAGAGAAUUAUGAUCCUACUGUCUGGAAUCUGCACAAAAAAUAUGAGGCUGGUGAUGACAGAAGCUGGCCUAAUUAUGACAAGGAGCAUUGCUACCCUCUGCUGGUUAGAAUUAGCUCAUUUUGUUAGUAGUCAUUUUAGGAUAUUUUUGUUUCAUUGGAAUAUUCGUUUACAAUUCAUUAGCUUUACCUGUUCUUUAAUCUACUUCUUCCAGCACUAUAGUGUAAACCUGGAGUUGGAUAUUGGUUGGACAUUUCAGAAAUUUUUUCCCUUCUCUAUGGAAGUACCAACAAGACAGUUCAAAGGCA